AUGCACAACAACCAUGGCAAGUAUGGCAACGACGACGAAGACGACGACAGUACCGACCGGAGUAAACAAUUGCAACAAAAUGUCAAACCGGUGCGGUGCGGUGGUGGCGCGGCCUCUAGCUUGGGCUCCCUCGAGGCUACCCUACCGCGUGAGAUGGUGUCACGGCGUAAAAUUUUGUCCCGUUCGCGGGACGAUCUGAAUCUGGACUCGACGUUCAUCGCCCAGGAGGAAGAGGAAGACGUCUGGUACCAGAAGGAAAAACUCUAUAAGGAACACAUCCAGGAAGUGCUGGACAAAUGGACACAGAUCGACGACGAAAUCUGGGCUAAGGUGAUCGUCUUCGAGCGGAAUCGCCGUGUGGCCAAAGCAUACGCCCGGGCACCCGUUCUGACGAUCAACGGGUCAGACGAUGGAUUCGACGGCAUGCGGAUCGGACUGUGCGGCUUCGACAACCCGAUGCGGGAUCACAAGACAGAGGAAGUGAAACGACACGUCGGUCAGGGAGUGAAGAUAAAAAUGGACGACGCCGGAAAUAUACUCAUCAGACGCUAUUCGAAAAGUAAUGUCUACGUCAAAAGCACAGCCAGUCAGCCAAAUGAGGAAACGGCCAUCGGAGCGGAUAUUCUGAAGCUUCCCGGACAGGCCAUCGAGAGUGAGAAAAUAGUUAAGUUAUUUGAUAUGAAAAAGUUCCAGUCGAACGUGAACCGAGAGCUGCGACGUGCCUAUCCGGAUCGUCGCCGGCUCGAGACCCAGUGCCUGUCGGCGAUCGCCUUCGGUAAAUCGGAAAAUGACGUCCUAGACUGUCCGAUUUGGGUGCUGAUCAUAAACGUAGUCGCGAUGGAUAUGCUGAAGAGUAAACUACCUCCAGUUCAUCGCCCGGUAGACAUUAAGAACCGGCCCCGGAUUCCGAUCCCCGACGAGGACCCGUACAGCAUCGCCGGAAACGGGGGCGGCAGCUCGGGCAGUUCCGGGUUCGGCGCGAGCGGCAGCGGAAUGGUCGGAUCCUCGCGGGACCACCUGAUGGGCCAGGGUCAGGCCAUCGGACAGCGGCGCAGCGAGAAACCACCGAAGCUACCUCCGCGGGACAAUCUGUACGCGUCGCACGAUGUUAUGAAGCCCGAUUACGAUGACAUCGAGGACGAGAAUCGCGUCAAGCUGCCACGAGGAAAAUCAGACAAAGGCAAAGAUAAUAAGAAAUAUGAUGAUCCCUACUAUUGCGGACUGCGGGCCCGUGUGCCAAACUUCGUCAAAUCGUCCAAAUCGAAGGAGAACAACAACAACAGCAACGUCGCCAACAACAACAGCAACGCCAAGGAGAGUGCUGCCAUCUCCAAGCGGCUGUCGGUGGCCCACCUGCAGCAUCCGUCGUCGCUGCAGUCGCUGCACCAGUUGCACCAGCAGAUGCAUCCCCAUCACAACCUGAUGGCCGCCCAUCAGCACCACCAGCAGCUGAUGUGGCACGCCAGAAGCUACGAAAGCGGCAUCGAUACCGACGUGGUUGAGUCACCCUACAGUCACAUGUACGGCCGGGUUCCGUUGCCGACGCGGGGAUACAUUCCGGCACCGCGUGCCAUGUACAUCGGUGAAUGGGACUAA